UUGUAUCCCUUCCCGUAUGUAUUAUCAGCAAUGGAAGACCGUGCAGGAGACGGGAAUAUUGUCAAACUUUUUGUUAAUAUCAAAUUCUAUCUCAGUGGAACCGUCGAUGAAGAAGUUAAAAAAGCUUUGCAAGAUGGAGGUGCUGAACCACUCACGUAUAUGUCAGACUUUGUCACCCAUAUUAUACUGGGAUUGGAUCCAUCAGAGAACGAUAUAUCUGAGGCAAAGGAUCUGUAUGAUAUUCCUGCUGUCCGUCAAGAAUGGGUGAAAGAAUCCAUCCGAUGCAAAGAAUUACUACCAACUCAAGCCUUCCGUCCCGCCGAAGAUUGUGUUUUCUGGGGUCUGAAAUUUUGCUCCUCAGGAUUUAAAAAAAGCGAUUACAACAAGUUAUGGGCAAUGGUAAAGUUUAAUGGAGGCGAUUGCAGUAAGAUGCUAGAUCUAUCAGUGACGCAUUUAGUUUGCACUAAACCAGAGGGUAAAAAAUAUGAUUUUGCCUGUGGUAAAGGCUGUGAUCGUGUAAAAAUAGUGACUCCUGAUUGGAUCCAAGAUUGUAUUAAAGGCAGUACGAUCUACAAUGAAUCCUUAUAUCAUCCACGUUUGUUGAACCUACCUAAGUCUAUCCUGAAUCGUAAACCAGAUGAAGGUAUUGCAGCGAUAACAGGAUUUGUUGAUGAUGAGCCAAAUACUGAGUCGACUUCUCAGUCCUCUCUUAGUAAUGAGCUUCUGGAAAAGUUGAAGCAACGUAUGCCUUGGAAUCAACCUGUCUCAACACCCACUACGCCAACAUCAGCUGCUGUCCAGAGUGCAAAUGGGCCUGUUUCCAGCUCCGGACCAGUUUCUCAAUCCUCUACAACCGUAUCUUCUCAAAUACCUCAGAUGCUGUCUCAGGCUCGGCCUAAUACAACCCCUGUUAGCCAAUCAAUUCAUCAAAUACAACAGCAACAACAGCAAUUAACUCAACAACAGCAGAUACGUAUACAGCAGCAGCAAGAACAGCAGCAACAUCAGCAGCAACAACAACAGCAGCAGCAACAACAACAACAGCAGCAACAACAACAACAACAACAACAGCAGCAGCAACAGUUACAACAAUCACCUCAGCAACAACAGUCUCCUCAGAAACAGCAACAAUUACUUCAAUCAUCCCAGCAACAGCAAUUACAGCAGUUACCACAACAACUGCAGCAAGUAUCACAACAACAGCAGCUUCAGCUGCAACAGCAGCAACAGCUACAAUUACAGCAACAGCAGUUGCAGCAGUCCCCACAGCAACUCACUCAACAGCAACAGCUUCAGUUACAACAGCAUCGAAGGAUGCAGCAAAUUCAACAUUUAUCUCCUCAGCAACAGCAACUGGUCCUGCAACAGCCACAGACAGCUGUGCAGCAACAACUGUUACAGCAACGCAUCCUCCUUCAACACCAGCAGCAACAACGAUUUGCUGCUGUUCCAGCUCAAUGGCGACCCCAAGGGACAAAUAUGCAGCAGCAACAGCAGCCACCCCAACAACAACAACAGCAACCAGAACAGCAGCAACAAGAACAACUACAACAGCAACAGCACCAACAACAACAGCACCAACAACAACAACAACAACAGCAGCAACAACAAGCAUCACAGCAUAAACUAGUUCAACAACAAUUUGUUUUGCGUAAUGAUGGCCAGCUCUUGCCACAAACUCAAAAUGUCAUCCAACAACAGCAACAACAACAGCAAACACAGGUCCAGCAACAAAAUCAGCAGCAACCACAGCAGCAGCAAUUCUCUAGUGUUUCUCAGACUUCAAGCACUGUUGUUACAUCUCAGCAACAAUUAAGCUGGCAACAACAGCAAUUAUCUCGUGUUCAACAGUUGCAACUGCAGCAACAGCAACUACAGCAACCGCAGCAAAAUUUACAGCAGCAGCAACAACAAACAUUGCAACCACAGCAGCAGUUGCAACAGCCUCAGCAACAAUUGCAAGCUCAGUUACAACAGCCACAGCAACAAUUGCAACAGCAACCACCACAACAGUUGCAACAGUUACAGCAACUACAGCAGCCACAACAGCAAUCACAACAGCAACAAGCACAGUCAGUUUUACAGAUUGGACCCUCAAACAUUCGACAAGUUACAUGGAGUCAGCAACCAAACAACCCGAAUGCCCCUCAGCGCCAUUUAAUCCACGUUGAUGCAAAGGCUCAUGCCCAGUUACGGCAAAUGGAUCCAACUUUAAGGACAAUUUUUCUUCAACGAAUUAAUAAGCAGCAACAAGCCAUUUAUCAACAGCAGUUGCAGAAGCAACAAUUACAGCAGCAACAACAGCAAGUUGGAGGUGGCACUCUAGUCAAUGCAGUUGCCCCAGGAAGGCAGACAGUGGCUACAACUGUCAUCAGAGGUCAAAUUCCCCAAAAUUUAACGCCACCGCAGCAGAUUCAAUGGCUUCAGCAGCAGCAACAGCAACAACAACAGCAGCAGCAACAACAACAGCAACAACAGCAGCAACAACAGCAGCAGCAACAACAAAUUGUCAUCCAGAAUCAGUCUCUCCAAAGGCAGCAGGUUCUAGUUCAACAGUCCUCAGUCAGACAGCAGCUCAUUCCACAACAGCAAACACAACAACAGCAACUGCUGGUCCAGCCGGCAUCAUCAGCAUCUACAAAUGUAACUAAUUGGCAGCAGCAGUCACAGCAAGUGGUCCAACAGCAGCAAGUAGUGCAGCAAGUCGGUCAACAGCAAGUGGCUCAACAACAGCAGAUUGUGCAACAAGUUGUGCCCCAGCAGCAGGUUGUUCAACAGCAAGUUUCCCAACAGGGACAACCAGACCAGCAAUUACAACUAAACCAUCCAACAACAGUUGUAUCGAACCAACAAAUGGCCCAAAUGACGUUGCAACGACAACAAUACAUUCAGCGAUUGCAGCAAAUCAAGCAGCAACAACAACAGCAACAGCAACAAGAGCAGCAACAAAGUGGAAACUCUGCUGUCAUGUAUUCGACCCAGUCCUCUCAGCAAAUUCAGUUAACACAGCAGUCUCAUCCUGUCCAGCAACAACAGCAACCUCCAGCUGUUCCUAUGGAAACCGAUCAGAUGACACCGCAAGAUGUUUUUAGUAGUACGAAUACAACUCAAACUCAGUCGUCUGUACAAACGGCUCUUGUCAAUGCCAAAACAAAAACGGCAUUGGCAAAUAUGUUGAGCAUUAGAUUGCAAAGUGGUGCCACGACUGUUCAGCAACAAGCGCCGCAGGUGAUGGGUAAUCAGCAGGAAGUAAGUGCUGCUGGUCAAUUGCGGUUGAUGACUGCUCAGCAUCAUGCGGCUCAGCGUAACACCCCUCCUAUUCCUCAGCACAUUGCUGCAUACCAGCAACAAAGAGCAGCCUUGUCUAAUGUAAGCAACACUCCUGUCACUGGGCGCAGCUCUACUGUUCCGAAUAAUAAAGUGCUCCAGCAGCAACAAACAAUAGUUUACGGUGGUAGUCAAGCAAACCCUCAGACUGCACAGCGGGUAGCUGCUGCUCUAGCCAAAUCUGCGGCCAGUCAGUCUGCAUCCGUGCAUCACCCUCACCACAUCAGUCAGCAGCCUCGCCUCCAAUUUUUCGGGCAUAAUCCAAAUUUAAAGUUACCACCUGAAGCUUGUUUGCUGGGAUGUGUGUUUCUGAUUGUUGAGUAUGAUCGACAACCGUAUAAUCAUACUGACAGGGAGCGAUGGCACAAGGUCAUUAUUGCAAAUGGUGGCGAGGUUGAAACUUGCUAUACCCUCCGUAUCACUCACAUUGUCUGUCAGACUCAGAAACACCCUCUGGUUCAGCAGGGUUUACGAGAUGGUAAAAGAUGCAUCACAGCCUAUUGGCUAAACGACAUCGUACUGAAGCAACAAGUCGUACCACCAUGGUUAGCUCUACAUCUUCCAGUUCCUUAUAGUGAUGAAAAGCCAUGUCGUAAUUUAAUUAUGACCUACUCUGGGUUCGAGGGCGAGGACCGACAAAGAAUAAAAGAUAUGAUCGAUCUCACUGGUGCAAGAAGAGUCAAAUACUAUACUCAAGAUUUUGUAAAUAUCAUCAUUUAUAAGAAUAGUAAAGUAGAGAAUGAGAAGAUAAAACAUGCACGUGAAUCUGGAGGCCGAACUUCAAUCGUAAAUGUUGUUUGGCUAAAUGAAGUGCUUUUUGGUCAUUUUUCGUGCCUUACUCAGACGGAUAAUGCGAAGUACAUGCAAUAUAAUUUAGCGAAUGCUUUUCGAGUUGAUUAUAGUUUAGUGUCGCAUUUGAUGGCUGCAUGGAAGAAUCCCAUUACUGUUACUCAAGAAACGUAUGAUAAAAUCCGUGCAAACCCACCCUCUCGAUGUCGGAAAAAACCUAGACUGUCAUCAACUCCUGCCAACUCUAGUAUAGACUCGGAUCAAGAGAAUAAAGAUCUUAUAAACAUUCCUGUUACAAAUACAAAUCCACCCACUGGAGAUGCUCAGCCUCAUAUCCUUUUCUCUGGUUUUGCUAACACUGCUGAAGAGCAAAAGAAAGUGCGUCAAUUGGGAGGAUGCAUAGCAAAAUCAUGCCGAGAAGCAACUCACCUUGUCAUGCACCAGGCAGAGAGAACUUUCAAAUUUGUCUGCUGCUUAUCAACCUGCAAGUUCAUUGUUAGUCAUGAUUGGUUGAAAGACUCCUUCGAGAGCAAUACAUUCUUAGAUGAACAGCGAUACCUCAUAUCAGAAGUAGAUGUCGAAAAGAAAGUUUCAUGCAAUGUAACGAAAGUCUUAGCAUCUCCAGAUAGAAAGAAACUUUUCAAGGAUAAAUACUUCUUCAUUACUCCGAGUGUUGUGCCAGGUGCUUCUGCCAUUCGCGAAAUGAUCGAGUGUGCUGGAGGAGUUGUAGAGAAGAAACGUAGGCCUCUGAAAGUUAUUCAAGAAAUGGAGCCUUAUACUUACAUAGUUAUUUCUUGUAUCAAUGACUUUCAUCUAGUAGCAGAUCUCAUAAAAAAUGAAAUGAGCAUAAUAUUCAGCACUGAAUUUGUUAUGUCAUCUAUUAUGACCCAGCAGUUAGAUUACUCCACAGCUUUAAAAAGGAAUAAAGAUAAGAAAUCCUAGCCAUCAAAAGCUUCUUUGCCUCAAUCAAAGAAUGGACUUUUUUGAUUUUUAAGCAUCAAUCGGCGAAAUAACAAUCCAAAAUUGUUGAACUGGCCAAAGAUCAUCAAAAUUAAAAGCACACCAUCAGUUAUUUUGAGCUGUACUAUCUAGUUUGCCAAGUAUUUUUCACUUGUUAUAUUUUUGAUUAUUGAACAAAGAAAAAUUAAUUUCAUAUAAGUCGUAAUUAUUACAGAUAAUUUAUACCACAAAGGAAGUCCUUAAGUAUCUGUUGAGUGUCUUACCAGUGUAUUUAUCCGUUGAGUCUCCAAUUUGCGUAAGUGCUGUAAUCACAUUUGAGCUUUGGGUGUCUGUUUCCCGUGUGAACUCUCAGGAUUGAGAGGUUUAGGUGCCUAUGUGAAUUGGACACAAUCCAAUUAUUUUAAUAAGAUAGUAUUUGUAGUAGUCUGUAGAUAGCGUUUUAUUUUUUAUGUUUGUUUAAUGUUGAAAUUUUCAAGUUUUUACGCUCUGUUGCCAACUAUCCUCCAUUGUUUAUGACUUGGGAAUCCAUGGGAGCAAUUUCUUCGCUCUGAUCAUAUUCAUCUCAUAAAACUUUAAGUUGAGCCUCAAAUGAGAAGCAUCCUACCCUAGAAUCUACCUACUUAACCAUUGUCUUAAGUCUUAAUUUCCCCUUAUUUUUUCAGUUUGAGUAUUUAUGAUGUUUCAAAUUAAUUGAUUAUCUUUUUUGAUGUGUUUUUUCCCCCCAUCAGAUCUAAUGAAAUGAGUCUCUGAUUUUCCGCCAUUUUGUCCUUCCCACCAAGAAAAAAUAAAUAAAGAAAAAAAAUUAAAGCAGUAAAAA